GCCGUCUUCACAACAAAACUACAUAUGUAAACGAAAUAUAAGGCGCACAGAAUGUGAAUAUAUAAUUUUUAUAUCUAAGAGUUUCGACAAUUAAAACUGGCAAAAUACCAUUGUUCAAUAGUUGUUCUAUAAACAUGGAUAUUAUAACAUAUUUUCUCAUUCAUGUAGUAAACCACCCUGUGUACAGCACAAGAGCACUCUAUUACGAUACUUUCUAUUACCACAUUACACAAUCCACAACCCACUUUCCGUAUUGUCAAAUUGACAGCAAAUUUCCUAAAUUCACCAACAUCGUUCUUUCAUUUUUCAAUCGUUGAGCCGAAUCACUCGGUUAAAGAAGUGGAAAGAUGGUCAACGGACGCAUACCGUCUGUCUUCUCGAAGACAUAUGUGACACCACGUCGUCCUUAUGAAAAAGCACGUUUGGAUCAGGAGUUAAAAAUCAUUGGUGAAUAUGGUUUGCGCAACAAGCGUGAGGUCUGGCGUGUCAAGUACGCUUUGGCUAAAAUCCGUAAAGCUGCUCGUGAGCUGUUGACUUUGGAUGAGAAAGACGAGAAGAGAUUGUUCCAAGGUAACGCUUUGUUGCGUCGUUUGGUACGUAUUGGUGUAUUGGAUGAAUCCCGCAUGAAGCUCGAUUACGUGUUGGGUUUGAAAAUUGAGGAUUUCUUGGAGCGUCGCUUGCAAACUCAAGUCUUCAAAUUGGGGUUGGCCAAGUCCAUUCAUCAUGCUCGCGUUCUCAUCCGUCAAAGACACAUUCGCGUCCGCAGACAAGUGGUAAACAUUCCAUCGUUUGUCGUGCGUUUGGACUCGCAGAAACAUAUUGAUUUCUCACUGAAAUCGCCCUUCGGUGGUGGCCGUCCAGGUCGCGUGAAGAGGAAGAACAUGAAGAAGAACCAAGGAGGCAGUGGUGCUGCUGCUGAAGAAGAGGAAGAUUAAAUUAUUCUUUAUUAAAUUACACAAAUUGUGUAUGACAACAUUUAAUAAAUAAUGUUUCACUUACUUCGAAGAAAAAA